CUGAAGAACAAUUGAAAAAUAUCUAUGAGCAGCAAUUGAAGAGAUUUUUAGAUACUCCGCUGAGUUUCAGAGGCAUAUCUGAUGAUGACACAGUGUUUAAAGAAAUAACAGAAAGGAAUGGCGAAGCUUUGAAAAAUGUGUCAAAGCACACUAAUGAGCUUUUUGAUCAAUUGAGGAAGGUGAUAGAACACUGGAAAUCUUGGAUCCAGUUAGAAUCACUUGACGUAACGAAAUUGACGAGCUGGCAACAUUGGGAUAUUCAUUUUAGAGCUUCGAAAACUUUCGGACAAGAAACUGCUAAGUUGUCCAGUACCGAAGAACGAGUGGGUUGCUUCGUCAUCAGUCUAUCUCGACUGAGAUCGGAUUUAGAGUCGCAUAAUCGCAGCUACUGGGAUCAACUGAUCUACUCUUUGAAAGAUUCCAUAGCUCAGGACGUAGUAAAGCUUCAGGAUUACAUCAAUCAUUCCACGUCAGCUCUAACAAGACAACCUUUGACCAUCGAGGAAAUCGGGGAAUCUGGGGCUGUUCAUAAGAAUAUUCUAGAAGAAGCACCAAUGAUGGCAAAUACUUUUGAAGAACUAAUGAGGAAAUCGAAAACGUUAGCAAGUUGGACAAAGGAACAAGUGGAAUCGGUAAAUAGGAUCAAAGGUGCUUGGGAUAGACUGCAAAGUUUGUUGGAGAAUCAUCAGCAUAUUAUUGAAAAACAGAUGGAAACGAUACGGACGACGUUAAACAUAAGAAGAGAAAAUAUGGAAAAAGAACUCGAACAUUUCGUAGCAAAAUGGGAGCAGGUUAAGCCUAGACCACACUCGGGAGCUUAUAGCGAUGAUAGCAUUAAAGAUUUACUCGUACAAUUAGAGGGUAUCAGAAAUAAAAAGAUAGAAUGGAAGGCUAUUCUGUUAAAGAAGGAAGAACUCAUGAACGAUUUUGAUAAAUUUGGUAUCCAAAAGCCGGAAUUUCUGAUGAUAGAAGAAGUUGAAAAUGAUAUAAACCAAUACGAAAAGUCAUGGAACAUUUUCGAAGAGUUUCAUAAAGAGUUAACUGAGUUAUCGGAGCAACACUGGAUAGUCUUCAGAAAAAAAAUAUUUUUAUUUGAAGAUUUUGUAAAGAAAUGGAACAAACGAUUGAGUGACUGUGAGCAAUCAGCUUUAGUAACGCGAUUGUUGCAAGAAGUUGAUAAGUAUGAGACGGUGGCGCCUUUUUUAAAAUACGUGAGAGGAGACGAUUUUUCAGAAAAACACUGGAUGGAUACGUUCAGCCUCCUCGACAUCGAGUACAAACCGGUUGACCAACUACUGUUGAACGAUUUUCUGGAAGUAUCCCACAAACUUGCCGAAAAAAGCAAGGAACUACAGGUUAUUUCGAAAAAAGCAGCCAGUGAAAUAAUUGUGAGACAGGCUUUAUCAGAACUUGAUCAAUGGGACGUUCAGUGUAGGUUUACCUUAACGCCUCACGUUGAUUCUACAGGCAAACAGAUUUCCUUGGUGAAAGACUAUAAAACUAUCUUAAAUAAGAUUGGCGACCAUCAAAGUCUUUUGCAAUCAAUCAAAUUUUCUGCGGAUUACGAAUCUUUCGCCGAUAAGGCAAAUAUGUGGGAGACCAAGCUUGGAGACUUAGAUCAAUAUAUCACAUCAUUGAUGAACGUACAGAGAAAAUGGCUUUAUUUGGAGCCAAUAUUUGCAAGUGGGACGUUAGCACAAGAAAAGACGCGAUUCGACAGAAUCGAUAGGGACUUUAAGCAUGUGUUGCUCUACAUUGAAAAGGACAUACGAGUUGGUGCGUUGUGUCGAUAUCCAAAUUUAAAAUCUCUGUUGGAUACCGCAAUGGACCAACUCUCAAAGUGUCAGAACAGUUUGAAUAACUUUUUGAAGGAGAAACGCGAACAAUUUCCUCGUUUCCUAUUCUUAAGCGAUGAUGAUCUGUUAGAAGUUAUAGGCCAGUCAUCGAAGGAACAUGUUAUUCAAGCGCACCUGAAGAAAAUAUUUGCUGGUAUUAACAGCGUAAAGUUGGAUGAAAAUGGACAGAAUAUCGUAGCAAUGUGCUCUGCUGAAGGAGAAAUCGUCAAUUUGUCGAAUUUUGUCAGCAUUCAUCACCCAAUCGAGCAAUGGUUGAAUGUAUUGGUGAAAGAAAUGCAACGGACUUUGAAAGACCUGCUGGUGAACUGCCAGAAAGAGAAGCAGGCUCCAGAUCCUCUGUCGUAUCCAUCUCAGAUACUUUGUUUAUCUGAUAGCAUUACAUUCACUGCGAAAUGUGAACAGGCUAUAACUAGUAUGGCUUUACCACCUCUUUUGGCUAAAUACAAAACACAACUGCUUCACUAUAGUUCGUUAGAAUUAAACAGUGGACAAGGUAGCACCGAAACUGAUAAUGUUUUGAAUAUAAAGCUGAAAGCGUUGCUUCUUGAUACCAUCCACCACAUAACUGUGCUUGAAGAACUGCUUAGCAAUAAUGUUACAAAACUAUCGGACUGGGUAUGGCAAAAACAGCUAAGAUAUUAUGUGAAUUCAGCAGGAGACGUAACAAUAAAAAUGGCAAAUGCGAGAAUGGACUAUUCGUAUGAAUACUUGGGUAAUGCUCCAAAAUUGGUGCAAACUACCCUAACUGACCGAUGCUUCCUCACCCUAACACAAGCUAUUUAUUUGGGGAUGGGUGGCAAUCCUUAUGGACCAGCGGGUACUGGCAAAACUGAAUCAGUCAAGGCACUUGAGCAAUCAAAACGGUUCUAAGCGGUUGUGGAAGAGCUUUGAAAAAUUUCAAAGUGAAGAAUGAUACGAUAAACAUUAACUAUGAGGCUGAGGUGGGAAUAGUGAUUCAAGUUUUGAAAACAGAUACUUUUUCGAAGCUAUCGUUCAAUGAUUCGAUGAAGUUUGACAUGAUCAUCAAAGAUGUUUUCAAGGAAAAUAGUAUCGAAGUAAAUAGAGAAGAAAUGCUCAUUAAAUGCUUGGAGGGAAGUUUUCAGGAACUUGGUAUUGUUAUUAAUAACAGACAGAUCAAUAAGUGCUUGGAAUUUUAUGAACAAUUGCAACAGAGAAUGGGCGUUGCGAUUGUGGGUCCUCCAAGUUCAGGAAAAAGUACAAUUCGAGACUUACUGCAAAAGGUAAGAGUAGAAUUAAAUUGGGACUGCA